AUGGGUUUGGGAUUAUCACCUUUGGAGCCUUUUAGUCCUCUAGAACCUUUUUUUCCAGGAGCUCCACGAAGUCCUUUCAUGCCAAAAUUGCCUUUUGGGCCUGCAGGACCUAUUGAGCCUGGAGCCCCCAUCUCACCUUUGUCCCCUUUUGAUCCAGGUUCUCCUUUCUCUCCUCGCUCUCCUUCUAAACCUGGUAUACCAUUCAAUCCAGCAUCUCCUUUAAUACCUUUAUCCCCUUUUACUCCUCUCUCCCCGGUUCCUCCUAUUUCUCCCUUUUCUCCCAUGUCUCCAAUAUUUCCUUUUUCUCCUAAAUCUCCUUUCUCUCCUUUGUCCCCUUUCUCACCAUCAACGCCUAUUAGACCUUGGUCUCCCUUUUCUCCCCUGUCCCCCUUUGUGCCAUUUUCACAUAUAUCUCCUUUAUUUCCUUUUUGUCCUUUCAUGCCAGCAAGUCCAACAUUUCCUUUUUCUCCUUUCGGCCCCAUUUCACCUAAAAGUACAAAGACACAUAUUGAGUAUCAGAUUUUAGGACAUAAAGUGUUACAGAAUCAAAUGUAA